UAAGAGGCAGAGUUACUGCACAGCUUUUGAAAAAAGAAAAAAAAAAGUUUCUUUUUUAAGCAUUCAUUUUUUCAUCUUGGAUAUGUUAUUUUUUGCCCUUGCCCCCCCCCCGUGGGUAAGGGGUGGGGGGAAAGCUUGAAAAACUGUGCUUUUCUGCCCAUUGAUAAACGUAAUGAGAUUUGAGUGUCAACAUUAAAAUGUUCCGUGUCAUCAGCUCUGUGAAACUGCAGUGAAAUAUGGAAGCGAGGGAGAAAAAUCUCCGUUUUCAGCUUGGCUGUGUCCCCUGCUAGGGUGCUGUGGGGAAUGUUGAUAAACACUGGGAAGGGCUGAGAGGUGGCAGAGGCAGGUGAGGAGCCCGUGGCUUCUGAGGGACCACAGAAAGCUGCCACUGCAUCUCCUCCUGCAUCUGACUGCCAGAGGCUCCUAGUUAGGGGAAGCCUUUACAACUCUUCUGGUUUUUUUGCUUUCCCUGGAACAAGGAAAUAAGCGAUGCAAUGGAAAUUUUUAAUAAACAUUUCUAGCAGGAAUAACAUUUUGCAUCUCCCUCUGCCUCUGCUGAGUAAGUGCUGUUAGCUCCAAUUGUUCAUUACUGAGGAAAGUCUUCUCCAAUUCAUCUCUAGCAGCACUCCAGGUAGAGGUGAUUUAUUUUUUUUUGUUACCUGGCAUGGCUGUGCUGUCACUGCUGCUGCUGCUUGGGCUAAUAGACAUAACUGCUGCCGUGGACGUCGCGCCCAGAAUAAAAGCGGGGUCAAGGUGGAGAGGUGAAAAGAAUCACUCCGAGGACGCAGAGAGGGGGAACGACAGCGGGACACCACUCCCCACCUCUGAUCACGGCGACAAUUCGCUGGGCUACACAGGUUCCCGUCUUCGACAGGAGGAUUUCCCGCCUCGCAUUGUGGAACACCCCUCAGACUUGAUUGUUUCCAAAGGAGAGCCAGCCACCCUGAACUGCAAGGCAGAGGGCAGGCCCACGCCCACCAUCGAGUGGUACAAGGGGGGAGAAAGGGUGGAGACGGACAAGGAUGACCCGCGCUCCCACCGCAUGCUGCUGCCCAGCGGAUCUUUAUUUUUCCUGCGCAUCGUGCACGGGCGCAAGAGCCGGCCGGACGAAGGGGUCUAUGUGUGUGUGGCCAGGAAUUACCUGGGGGAGGCUGUGAGUCAUAAUGCAUCGCUGGAGGUGGCAAUUCUACGGGAUGACUUCAGACAAAACCCCUCAGAUGUCAUGGUAGCUGUGGGGGAACCUGCAGUGAUGGAGUGCCAGCCCCCAAGAGGUCACCCAGAGCCAACUAUAUCAUGGAAGAAAGAUGGGACCCCUCUGGAUGACAAAGAUGAGAGAAUUACAAUCAGAGGAGGAAAGCUCAUGAUCACAUACACAAGAAAGAACGACGCUGGCAAAUACGUUUGUGUUGGAACAAAUAUGGUUGGAGAACGUGAAAGUGAAGUUGCAGAGCUCACUGUUUUAGAGAGACCAUCUUUUGUGAAGAGACCGAGCAAUUUGGCAGUGACUGUGGAGGACAGUGCAGAGUUUAAGUGUGAGGCAAGAGGAGACCCAGUCCCUACAGUGAGAUGGAGGAAAGAUGACGGAGAGCUGCCCAAAGCAAGAUACGAAAUCCGUGAUGAUCAUACCUUGAAAAUCAGGAAAGUUAUGGCAGGAGACAUGGGAUCAUACACUUGUGUUGCAGAAAAUAUGGUUGGAAAAGCUGAGGCAUCAGCAACCUUAACAGUUCAAGUUGUGUCUGAGCCUCCACAGUUUGUUGUAAAGCCCCGAGACCAGGUGGCUGCGCUGGGGAGGACGGUGACGUUCCAGUGUGAGGCGACGGGGAACCCUCAGCCAGCCAUCUUCUGGAGGAGAGAGGGGAGCCAGAACCUGCUGUUCUCAUACCAGCCCCCUCAGUCAUCCAGCAGAUUUUCAGUUUCCCAGACUGGAGACCUCACCAUCACCAAUGUCCAGAGAUCUGAUGUGGGGUACUACAUCUGCCAGACUUUAAAUGUUGCAGGAAGUAUCAUAACAAAAGCCUACUUGGAAGUUACAGAUGUGAUCGCGGACCGGCCGCCCCCUGUCAUCCGGCAGGGUCCUGUGAACCAGACCGUGGCUGUGGAUGGCACUCUGGUGCUGAACUGUGUGGCCACAGGCACCUUAAUGCCCACCAUCCUCUGGAAAAAGGAUGGCAUCCUCAUUUCCACCCAGGACUCUCGCAUCAAGCAGCUGGAGACAGGAGCGCUGCAGAUCAGAUACGCCAAGCUGGGCGACACCGGCCGCUACACCUGCAUUGCCUCAACCCCGAGUGGCGAAGCCACGUGGAGCGCCUUCAUAGAGGUCCAAGAGUUCGGAGUCCCAGUGCAGCCACCAAGACCCACUGACCCAAACUUGAUUCCUAGUGCUCCAUCAAAGCCUGAGGUUACAGAUGUCAGCAGAAACACAGUAACAUUGUCAUGGCAACCAAAUUUGAAUUCAGGUGCAACACCAACCUCUUACAUAAUUGAGGCCUUCAGCCAUGCAUCAGGGAGCAGCUGGCAAACUGUAGCUGAAAAUGUGAAAACUGAGAGUUUUGCAGUUAAAGGGCUAAAACCUAAUGCAAUUUAUCUCUUCCUUGUGAGAGCAGCUAAUGCAUAUGGGCUGAGCGACCCGAGCCAAAUAUCUGAUCCAGUGAAAACUCAAGAUGUUCCACCAACAAGUCAAGGUGUGGAUCACAAGCAGGUCCAGAGAGAGCUGGGUGACGUGGUGCUGCACCUGCACAACCCCACCAUCCUUUCUUCCUCCUCAAUCGAAGUUCAUUGGACUGUGGACCAGCAAUCCCAGUAUAUCCAAGGAUAUAAAAUUCUGUACCGGCCUACACCAGCAUCUUAUGGAGAAUCAGAGUGGCUGAUCUUUGAAGUGAGGACUCCCACCAAAAACAGUGUUGUCAUUCCUGAGCUGAAGAAAGGCGUAAACUAUGAAAUCAAGGCCCGCCCUUUCUUUAAUGAGUUUCAGGGAGCAGAUAGUGAAGUGAAAUUUGCAAAGACCCUGGAAGAAGCUCCCAGCGCCCCACCUCAGAGUGUUUCAGUAACCAAGAACGAUGGGAACGGGACAGCAAUCGUGGUCACCUGGCAGCCACCCCCUGAGGACAACCAGAACGGGAUGGUGCAGGAAUACAAGGUUUGGUGCCUCGGCAAUGAGAGCCGCUACCACAUCAACAAGACCGUGGACGGCACCACCUUCUCCGUGGUCAUCCCCUCCCUCGUGCCCGGCAUCCGCUACAGCGUGGAGGUGGCUGCCAGCACCGGGGCAGGACCCGGGGUGAAAAGUGAUCCCCAGUUUAUCCAGCUAGAUUCUCAUGGAAACCCUGUGUCUUCAGAAGAUCAAGUCAGUUUGGCCCAGCAGAUUUCUGAUGUAGUAAAGCAGCCUGCCUUUAUUGCUGGAAUUGGUGCAGCCUGUUGGAUUAUCCUCAUGGUGUUCAGCAUCUGGUUGUAUCGCCACAGGAAGAAGAGGAAUGGACUCACGAGUACCUACGCUGGUAUCAGAAAAGUCCCGUCUUUUACCUUCACACCAACAGUAACAUAUCAGAGAGGAGGAGAGGCUGUAAGCAGUGGAGGCAGGCCUGGACUCCUAAACAUCAGUGAACCAGCCACUCAGCCAUGGUUAGCAGACACUUGGCCUAACACAGGGAACAAUCACAAUGACUGCUCCAUCAACUGCUGCACCUCUGGCAAUGGCAACAGUGAUAGCAACCUCACCACGUACAGUCGACCAGCCGAUUGUAUAGCAAAUUACAACAAUCAGCUGGACAACAAGCAGACAAACCUGAUGUUGCCUGAGCCAACUGUGUAUGGGGACGUGGACCUCAGCAACAAAAUCAAUGAGAUGAAAACCUUCAAUAGCCCCAAUCUAAAGGACGGAAGAUUUGUCAGCCAGCCCGGGCAGCCCACUCCUUAUGCCACCACUCAGCUCAUCCAGUCCAGUAUCAGCAAUAAUGUUAACAGUGGCAGCGGGGACACCAAUGAGAAACACUGGAAACCCUCUGUUCAGCAAAAGCAAGAGGCUCCACCCAUACAGUACAACAUUAUGGAGCAAAACAAAUUAAACAAAGAUUACCGAGUAAAUGACAACAUUGCUCCAACUAUUCCCUACAACCAGUCUUAUGACCAGAAUACAGGUGGAUCCUACAACAGCUCAGACAGAGGCAGCAGUACAUCUGGGAGUCAAGGGCACAAGAAGGGUGCUCGGACCCCAAAGGCUCCCAAGCAAGCUGGCAUGAACUGGGCAGAUCUUCUCCCACCCCCUCCAGCACACCCUCCUCCCCACAGCAACAGUGAAGAUUACAGCCUUUCAGUGGAUGAAGGCUAUGACCAGGAAAUUCCUUGUCCUGUGCCACCUGCAAGGAUGUAUCUGCAGCAGGAUGAGCUAGAGGAAGAGGAAGAAGAUGAGCGGGGUCCUACUCCACCUGUGCGAGGAGCAGCUUCCUCUCCAGCCGCUGUCUCCUAUAGCCACCAGUCAACUGCCACCCUCACCCCCUCUCCCCAGGAAGAGCUCCAGCCCAUGUUACAGGACUGUCAGGAGGAUCUGGGACACACACAACACCAACCUGACCGGAGACGUCAACCUGUGAGUCCUCCACCCCCUCCAAGGCCCAUCUCCCCACCUCACACCUACGGAUACAUCUCAGGGCCCUUGGUGUCCGACAUGGACACGGACGCCCCGGAAGAGGAGGAGGACGAGGCGGAUAUCGAGGUGGCCAAGAUGCAGAACAGGAGGCUCCUGCUGCGUGGCCUGGAGCAGACCCCUGCCUCCAGCGUCGGGGACCUGGAGAGCUCCGUGACGGGCUCCAUGAUCAACGGCUGGGGCUCGGCCUCCGAGGAGGACAACAUCUCCAGCGGGCGCUCCAGCGUCAGCUCCUCCGACGGCUCCUUCUUCACCGACGCCGACUUUGCACAGGCCGUGGCGGCAGCCGCCGAGUACGCCGGGCUCAAAGUGGCCCGGAGGCAAAUGCACGAGGCAGCAGGAGGCCGUAGACAUUUUCAUGCAUCGCACUGUCCCAGACCCACCAGCCCUGUAUCCACCGACAGCAACAUGAGUGCUGUUGUAAUACAGAAGGUCCGACCUGCCAAAAAGCAAAAACACCAGCCAGGACAUCUGCGCAGAGAAGUCUACACAGAUGAUCUGCCCCCUCCUCCAGUGCCCCCUCCGGCCAUCAAGUCCCCGACGGCGCAGUCCAAGGCGCACCAAAACGCGACGGCGCACCAGCAAAGAGUCAUCUUCUCCAAGAGGACAUCCUGCCAUAUUCUAGACCAACAUUUCCAACAUCAAAUAAUCCUAGAGAUCCCAGCUCCUCCAGCUCCAUGUCGUCAAGAGGGUCAGGAGGCAGACAGAGGGCAGAUCAAGCAAAUCUAGCCCGAAGGAAUGUUGCAGAAAUGCAAGUACUGGGAGCCUAUGAACAAGGAGAAGAGGAAGAAGAAGAAGAGAUGGAGGAAACAGAAAGCUGAAGACAGCGACAUGUACUGUAACAGGCUUUUAAAAUCUAAUCAGAAAAAAAAUAAAUCACUUAAGAUGCCUCAAGUCUGAUGAUGUUUGACGCCAGAAAUAAUGUUCAGUGCAAUCAGAGUGUACAAUUUUUCCUUUUUCCUCAUGCCAUCAGAAUGCUAGUUUUUAUUUUACUCCUUCUUUGUAAACCCUCCUCACUAGGAACGGCCCUCGCCUACUCCGCAACGCCGAGCGCGUCGCCUUCGCUGCCCCAGCAGGCAGGGAAGCUGCUGUUCAAGGUGCUUGGGCCAGCUGCUGCUCCAGGAUUGGGCCAAAAGGGAAUUCCAGGGCCUGGGAUAGAUUCCCGGCUUUCUCCCCAGCCCGGCGGCGCUCAGCGCUGCCAGCUCUGCAGUGAGCCAGUCGGUGACACCGCGAGGGACACGGCAGUGACCAAGGAGCUGCCCAGGGGAACAGUGCACAACAGCCUCUGCUUCUCGGGGUUCCUCUGUGCUCUGCAGCCACUGCAAACGCGAUCUUGCAGUUCUGACACUGUGUGUCUUGUGGUCUGCCAGUCUCUUGCUAACCAUUUGCAGAUGAUACAGUUUGACAAAUGAAAGUAAAAUUAAUUUGGGACGAGAUGGCUCUUAUUGUAAAUAUGUACUCAUUUUAAACCCCUGUGGUACUUUGAUUUGUCUUUCCAUUUUCAUCAUUAAGUACAUUCUUAUUAAAAAUGUCCUUUGGGAUAGGCAGGAGGUAAGCCAAUGUGAUUGCUAUUUGCCUAAUCAUAGCAUGAGCAAGUUUAUCUAAAACUUUUUUCCAAUUUUCAACUUCAACACUGCUUAUGAAAAAAAACCAAUGGACAUUUUUAGUAAUAAUUAGGUAAUAUCAUCAACUGCUACUGGCCCAAAUCUCAGACCUCUACUUGUGUCAAUUCACCUUAAAGAAGAAGUGCCACUUAAAGAAGUUUUGUUUGAUCUUGGCAAUGAUUUUUUGUAAUGCACUGCUUAUCUUUUUUUUUUUUUUGGUUUUAAAAGCACAAUCACUAAACUUUGUUUGUAAACCAUUGUAACUAUUAACCUUUUUUUUGUCUUAUUGAAAAUGUUAAGCAUUUGUUUGGGAUAUUUUUCAUCUUUUUGUUAAUGCUCUAUGUUUGUAUUUGGAAUAUUUGAAUGAUGACAGAUGGUAAAGUAACAAAUGUUAAUGUGGGCCAUAAUCAAAACACUUCUCACUUUUCCUGGACUUACAGAAAAUUACCAAUUUUUCUGUGGCCUCUUUCAACAUUGGAUUAUCAUUAAAGCUGAAAUAGAGGCAUUAGUUGCAUUGAAUUUGCCAAAUGAUGUCCUCUGUCUGUAGAUUUUCUGAUCUUUUUUGUAAUUAUAAAAUUUCUUUGUCAUUGGUGCUAAUGGAAAAAUGUGUGUUUGUUUAUUGACAGCUAUCAGGACUAGCCCCAAUGGAAAAAAAAGGAAAAAAAAAAAAGUGUUUUGGUGUUUACCGAGGACUGAAAUUUUUCAUUUAGCUAAUUUUUAAAGAAAGGUUCCAUAGAAAGGGUGUGCAGUACUAAAGGAAAAUCCAUGUGAUUAAUGUUUUCAUUAUGUUCAUGUAAGAAACCUCAUAUUUUAGCCAUAAUUUUGCAUACUGAGGAUCCAAUAAUCAGAAAAGUAAUUUUUGUCACAUUAUUUAUUAAAAAUGUUCUCAAAUACAUUA